UUCUUUCUGAAGCAUCCCUUCGAUGAACUCGGAUUAACAGUGACUGUAAAAAAAAAUGAUCCUACAAUAACUUUGCAAAGGUUUACGUAACUUUAUGAAAAGAGGAAAUGAAGAGUGACGAAGAGAAUUUUCGUUCGUCCGAUAUUUUUUUCUUCCUUUGAGGUUAUGUAACAUCAACUUUGACUCAUUGUCAGCGUUGAGGUUAGAAAGAGUUAUCAAACAUGGCGGAGGUAUCCUGCAACAGCGCGGACGAAUGCACACCGGCGAAGAAAGCCAAAACAGAAAAAGAAAAUGAGUCUGAGAAUUCUGGUAGCAUACACGACGUGGAAUUCUGUCUGUCCGCGUUCAACGUGAAGAAAGUUCUGCAGCAUAACUGCAUGAGGAAACAGAUAUACAUAGAGGGUGCUUUCAAAGGGCACGAAGGACCGGCAGUUGUCUUGCUAGAGAAACAGAAUUUCCCUGACGAUCAUGAAACUCUGAAAGAGUUGUUCGACGACGGAACAAUUUUGCACAAACGUUACAACAAUGAUAUUUACGGGAAUUACGAGUGUUUCCCUCUUAAAAAAUACAAUGGUAUAAACGCAACGAUAAUACAUCCUGCGACGGUGAAACACAUCGAAAAAUUUCGAAGGAAAGAACUUUAUAUCAUAGAUGAAACUUACGAACUUUACCAGAAAAUUACUCUCCCCUAUAUCGAGUCGAAUAGCUUUUCUGUUGAGUGGGUGCAUAAUAUUUUAGAGCACAAGGCGGAACAGGAUAAAGUUGUAUAUGAGAAUAACGACAAGAAAACUGGAUUUAUAUUGGUAAACGACCUGAAAUGGGACGGGCAGCCAAACACGUUGAAAUUACUAGCACUUCCGUUUCAAAAGAUUCGGUGCAUCAGAGAGUUAAACGAGUCUCAUCUUCCUCUUCUGAAGAAUAUAAAGGAAGCUGGAACUGCUGUGAUUGCUAAAAAAUUCAACAUACCUGCUUCACAGCUUAGAAUAUAUUUGCAUUAUCAGCCAUCCUACUAUUAUCUUCACGUUCAUUUUGCAUAUCUAAUGUUUGAAACUCCAGGUAUAUAUGUGGAAAAAGCACAUUUGCUGUCUACAGUUAUAAGAAACAUUGAAUUAAUGUCAGAUUAUUACACGAAGGCUGUACUUUCCUACGUUGUUGCCGAAGGAGAUGGCCUUUACACGAAAUUUUUGGAAGAAGGGAUUAUAAACAUAGCAAAUUCUAAAAAUACAGAAGAUUGAUAGAUAGGAUAAGAAUUAUGUAUUAAAUUCGACUAUAUACUAAGAAAUAUGUAUUUAUAGUUUACAAAGUGAAUCGAUAUCAUUUAUAUUAUUAUUAUUACAGAUUAUUAUAAAUUCA